AGUAACAACACGAGCAGGGUGAGACUCGCACUUGGAAGAGAACGGAGAAUACCAACCUUCACCUCUCUGAAAGGAACAGCUGGGUUUGAUUUAUUAAACGGAAACAAACAGAUUAAAUGAUUAAAGGAGUCACAUCAUAAAAAACAAUCGCUAUUCGCAGUCAAGGAGAUACACCUAACUAUAAGCUACCGAGAGAGGUUGGCUAUUGGUGCGCAGGGUCGUUGGUUGAGGGUAGGUUUAUAGAGCACGAGCGUUGAAAUAAGGCGAAGAGGGAGCGUUUUCAGCACCUUGGAUAGAGCACACGAGCGAGCGGGACCAUGGCUCCAAUGGUGACGAAAGAAAUGCAGUUCGCAGAGGUGCCGGUGAGUGUUGCCGUGGUGAGUGUGUUUGGCCUAGUGUCCUGCGUCUCCAUCUUCGCCUGGAUCUGCUGCCAACGUAAGAACACCAAGUCCCAGGAGACAACACCCUACAAGUUCAUGCACAUGCUCAAAGGCAGUGACAUCUACCCAGAGAGCCUCAGCGACAAGAAGUUAGACAGCAAGACCGACGUGAAUGGAAACUGUAAUGUCAACAGCAACAAUGGUAAACAACAACAACAACAACAACAACAAGUGGCCUCCAGCCCAGCAGGGGGCAGAACAGCCCUCCACCUCGACCUGGAAAAACAAGACCUGAACGACAACUUCACCAUCACCACCAAACCUCCACACCCCAACGUCCAGAUCCACACCAAGGUCCGCAGCUCCCCAGACUUGGAUCUUCCCUCGCCCCACCCAGGGUUCACCCAACCUGGGGUUAGAGACCUUGCCCUGGUCUCCCCCACCAGCGGCAGUCUCUCCAGCCAGGCCACCACCCACACCCAAGGGGACGAGGACCAGGACAAACCCCAGGACGGAGGCCCCGAUGUCGGCCUUGGGACCCUCCACUUCUCCCUGGAGUACAACUCAGAGAAGAAGGCCUUUGUGGUUCACAUUAAAGAGGCCCACGGGCUGACUCCGACCGACGAGCAGUCCCUGACUUCUGACCCCUACAUCAAGCUGACCCUGCUGCCUGAGAAGAAGCACCGGGUCAAGACCCGCGUCCUGAGGAAGACUCUGGACCCGGUGUUUGACGAGACCUUCAGCUUCUAUGGGAUCCCAAUGGUCCGCGUGCAGGAGCUGUCGCUCCACUUCAUGGUGCUCAGCUUCGAUAGGUUCUCCCGUGAUGAGGUUAUCGGCGAGAUGCUCAUCCCAUUGGCCGGGAUCGACCUGAUGGAGGGGCGUGUCCUGAUGAGCCGCGAGAUCAUCAAGAAGAAUGUCAAGAGGAGUGCAGGUCGAGGGGAGCUGCUGUUGUCUCUCUGUUACCAGUCUACCACCAGUACUCUAACAGUCGUGGUGCUGAAGGCUCGCCACCUGCUGAAGACCGACAACCACAGGCCCUCAGACCCAUAUGUGAAAGUCAACCUCUUCAAAGGGAAGAAGCGUAUCAGUAAAAAGAAGACCCAUGUGAAAAAGUGUUCCCCCAACCCUGUGUUCAACGAGCUGUUUGUGUUCGACAUGGCCUCCCAGGAGGGGCUGAAGGAGACCAGCGUAGAGCUCCUGCUCAUGGACUCUGAGUCUCCACCAACCAGGCGGGGGGACUCCUCCCGCUCCCCCAAUCCCAUCUUGGGGCGCCUGAUCCUGGGUACGGCUGCUGCCGGUACUCCUGGGGAGCACUGGAGGGAGAUCUGCGACCACCCGCGCCGGCAGAUUGCCAAGUGGCACAUCCUGUCCGAAGACUAGGGUUUUUGUUGAGGCUUCGCCGUCAAGGUUACAGCUGAGCUAC